CUACUUAAUUGUGUCCCAGCCUUCCCUGCUGCUGAGCUGUCAUCACAGGAAACAGAGAGUGGAGAUAUCCGUCUUUGAUGCUGUGCUUAAAGGCGUAGCCCCUGACUACAAAUGCACAGAUCCUGGGAAGACUCUGCCAGAAGCCCUUGACUAUAACACUGUGUGGUUACAGACGGUGCCUGGAGAAACAGACUGUAAAAGUGGAAUUCCACCUUCCCUUGUCACGCUACAAAUUAAGGACUUCCUUAAUGGACCAGCUGACAUCAACUUAGAUGUAUCAAAGCCUUUGAAAGCAAACUUGAGUUUCACCAAACUGGAUCAGAUAAAUCACUUUUUAAAGAAGAUAAAAAAGACACACAGCUUUGCACAUGGCAAAGAGCCCUCCGCUCCAUCAGACACCGUCCUGAGCAAGGAUGAGCCUCCCAUCUCCAAAGGUUACCGAGGAAAGCCCUGUAAGCCCAAAGUUCACUCUGAUGGAGUGCAGAAGACGUCUCUUCAAGAAAACAUGUGGAGAGCCGUUUCCUGCUUUCAGAAAGUGUCUGUCCAUACUACCCAGAUUGUGGUCUCCAUGGAAACUGCCCCACAUCCUCACAAGCCGUGUGUGUUAGCGUCACUGUCAAACCUCGAUGCCUAAGUCUUGGAUCAUCACUCAUCCUCAGCAUAAGCGAUUUACUCCUUAAAACUAGCCUCAAAGAAAGAAGCCGGACUCUGAUAGGACCAUUCUCUACUACGGUCAGCCUGGAAGCUAAAUGGUGCAAACACAGUGGCAAUCCUGGCCCACAACAGUCCAUACCAAAAAUAGCCAUGGAUUUAAGAGGCGGUCUCCUGCAGAUCUUCUGGGGUCAAGAACAUUUGAAUUGCUUGGCCCUUCUGCAUGAGUUACUCAGUGGCUAUCUUAAGGAGGAGGGAAAGUUGGAAGUGCCAGCUCCUGAAUCAACACCCCAAAUGCCAUCUCCUGUGGAUAAGACUCAAGCUUUUAAGAGUGAGCAGAGUUCAGAUGACCUGCGGACAGGCGUCUUUCAGUACAUACAGGAUGCUGAGCCUCUGAAACUCCCUGGUACCUAUGAAGUCUUGUUCUGUAAUGAGACAGAGGAGAGCCCAGGCAUGAUGCUGUGGAGAUACCCAGAGCCUCGAGUGCUCAUCCUCGUGCGAAUAACUCCUGUACCUUUCAACACCACGGAGGACCCAGAUAUCAGCACAGCCGACCUGGGGGAUGUGCUGCAGGUCCCUUGUAGUUUGGAAUACUGGGAUGAACUCCAGAAGGUCUUUGUUGCAUUUCGAGAAUUCAGCCUGUCGGAAAGCAAAGUCUGUGAACUGCAGUUGCCGGAUGUCAAUCUUGUGAGUGACCAGAAGAAACUGGUGUCGUCAGAUCUGUGGAGAAUCGUCCUGAACAACAAUCAGAAUGCAGCAGACGACCAAAGCUCUGUAAGUGAGUCUGGUUCCCAAAGCACCUGCGAGCCACUGGUGACCCCCACGGCCCUGGCGGCUUGCACCCGAGUCGACUCCUGUUUCACCCCCUGGUUUGUCCCGUCCCUCGGCAUAUCCUUCCAGUGUGCUCACCUGGAGUUGCGUCUUUGUCAUCAUUUGGACCAGCUCGGCACAGCUUCACCACAGCACCUACAGCCCUUCGUUUCCGAUAAAAACGUGCCGUCUGAACUAGAGUACAUGGUUAUCUCCUUCAAAGAGCCAAACCUGUAUCUUCGCCAGUGGAACAGUGACUCUGUCUGCCAGGAGAUCCGGUUCUCAUCUAAGGUGGACUGCAAACUUCUGGAGUGCAGAAACGUCACAAUGCAAAGUGUGGUGAAUCCCUUCUGCGUCUCUGGACAGAUGUCACUCUCCAGCGACGGGGAGCAGAAGAUGCUGGAUGGCACGGUGAUCAUGGACUCUGUGCUCGUGAACUUUGGGCAGCAUGCCGUUCAUUCCCUAAACACCGCGAUCCAAGCUUGGCAGCAGAACAAAUGCCCUGAGGUGGAGGAGUUGGUCUUCAGCCACUUUGUGAUCUGUAAUGACACACAGGAGACACUGCGGUUUGGCCAGGUGGAUACUGAUGAAAAUAUUCUGCUGGCGAGUCUCCACAGCCACCAGUACAGCUGGCGCUCCCACAAAUCCCCACAGCUGUUACACAUCUGUAUUGAAGGCUGGGGCAACUGGCGCUGGUCAGAGCCCUUCAGUGUGGACCAUGCUGGGACAUUUAUUAGAACAAUUCAGUACAAGGGUCGAACAGCUUCACUCAUCAUCAAGGUCCGUCCACUCAGCGGAGUGCAGAAACAGAUUCUCAUCUGUGGAAGACAGGUCAUCUGUAGUUACUUGUCUCAGAGCAUAGAACUGAAAGUUGUUCAGCAUCACAUCGGCCAAGAUGGACAAGCCGUAGUCCGAGAACACUUUGAUUGCCUCACAGCCAAAACGAAAUUGCCUUCCUACAUUCUAGAAAACAGUGAACUGACAGAGUUGUGUGUGAAGGCCAAAGGAGAUGAAGACUGGUCACGAGACGUGUGCCUGGAACCCAAAGCCUCUGACUAUAGCACUGUCAUCCAGGUGCCUGCUUCAAACAGUUCCAUUAUUUACGUGUGGUGCACAGUUCUGACUUUGGAACCCAACUCUCAAGUUCAACAGCGAAUGGUCGUGUUCAGCCCUCUUUUUAUCAUGAGGAGUCAUCUCCCAGACCCCAUUAUCAUACACUUGGAGAAAAGAAGUCUGGGACUGAGGGAAACACAGAUUAUUCCAGGAAAAGGUCAGGAAAAUCCCCUGCAGAACGCAGAGCCCGACCUUGUACAUCACCUGACAUUUCAAGCACGGGAAGAGCAUGGCCCCUCAGACUGUGCACAACCCGGAGGCACAGUUAGUGAGAUGCUGGAUGAGUUCUAUGGACCAGAAAAGUUCCCGGAACCCAUCUGGCCCUACAGCAAGAAGGAUUCUGACAGGAAUGAGCAGCUGAGUCAGUGGGAUAGCCCAAUGCGAGUGAAGCUGUCACUCUGGAAACCAUAUGUCAGAACCCUGUUGAUAGAGCUGCUGCCCUGGGCCCUGCUCAUCAAUCAGUCCAGGUGGGACCUCUGGCUGUUUGAAGGGGAGAAGAUUGUUCUUCAGGUUCCUGCUGGCAAAAUCAUCAUCCCUCCUAAUUUCCAGGAAGCUUUUCAAAUAGGAAUUUACUGGGCAAAUACAAACACGGUGCACAAGUCAGUAGCAAUUAAACUGGUCCAUAACGUGAUGUCUCCUAAGUGGAAAGACAGCUCUAACGGUGAGGUUGUGACACUGGAUGAAGAGGCCUUGGUGGAUGCUGAGAUCAGACUCGGUGCCUUCCCAGGACAUCAGAAGCUGUGCCAAUUCUGCAUCUCCUCCAUGGUGCAGCACGGCAUACAGAUUAUUCAGAUUGAAGAUAAGACUACAGUAAUCAAUAACACACCGUAUCAAAUAUUCUAUAAGCCACAGUUGUCUGUCGCCAGCCCCUGCUCUGGAAAGGAGCAUUUCCAUGUCCCAGACGGUGCCACUUUCAGCAUUUGCCCAGGUGGAGAGCAUCCUGCUAUGAAAUCCAGCUCCCUGCCUUGCUGGGACUUCUUGCCUGAUGUGGGGCCAUCCGUGGACACAGCUGCUCUUCAAAAACAGAUCCUGCUGGGCUUUUCUCCUGCGCCAGGUGCCGACAGCUCUCAGUGCUGGAGCCUGCCAGCUGUUGUCAGACGAGAGUUUCCCAGACAGAGUGUAGCGGUGCCCUUUGGAACCUUGAGGGAAAAUGGAUUCUGCACCAGGGCUGUAGCACUGACGUAUCAGGAGCACUUUGGAGUCACCUAUUUAACCCUCUCAGAAGACCCAAGUCCUCGAGUCAUUUUCCACAACAGGUGCCCAGUAGCGAUGCUCGUCAAGGAGAAUAUGAGAGAAAUUCCCAAGUUUGAGGUUUAUUGCAAAAAGAUUCCUCCGGAGAGUUCAGUUCACCAUGAGCUGUACCACCAGAUUAUGGGUUACCCAGACUGCAAGACCAAAGACUUACUUCCCAGCCUGCUUUUGAGGAUAGAGACGGCGGGAGAGGGUUGUGUUCCUCACCGGCUUCGGAUACGUGUACGUGGACAUUGCCCAUCAGUGUGGCACGGUCAUCAUCACCGUAGCCCCAGAGGGAAAGGCAGGGCCCAUUUUAACCGGCAUCCACAGAGCCCCCGAGAAAACGGUUACUUUUAAGCUGUUCCUCACCCGCUUGAGCCUGGCCGUGUCUGACGACCUCACACACCACAAGACCUCGUCGGAGCUCCUAAGGCUCACGGCGGACAACAUCUUUCUCCACGUGUGUCCUGCGCCUGGUGUCCUCCCCGGGGAGGAGCCCCCCGCCGCCCUCCUCCAGCUUCUCAGUGUGGAGGUCCACGUUGGGGACCUGCAGCUGGACAACCAGCUCCACAACAAGUCCAACUUCCACUUUGCUGUGUUGGUGUGCCAGGGGGAGAGACCAGAACCCGUGCCGUUCUCCAGAGUGCAGAGUCUCCUGAUGUCCGGCAAGGACCUGGAGGAAUACAAGGGGAGCUGCUUCAUCAAGCUCUGCCUCACGGGCUCUGAGGGGACCGAGUGCGCUGGGUGGUGGGGUCUCUGGAAAUCCUCGGCAGCCCCGCCACCCUAGUGAGAAGCAUUGGAAAUGGGAUCUCCGACUUCUUCAGGCUUCCCUACGAGGGGCUGACGAGAGGCCCGGGGGCCUUCGUGAGUGGAGUCUCCCGAGGGACCACGUCAUUCGUGAAGCACAUUUCCAAAGGUACCUUGACGUCCAUCACCAACUUGGCCACCAGCCUGGCCCGAAAUAUGGACCGGCUCUCGCUGGAUGAGGAGCACUACAACCGGCAAGAGGAGUGGCGGCGACAGCUCCCCGAGAGCCUGGGCGAGGGACUGCGACAAGGCCUGUCCAGGCUGGGCAUCAGCCUGCUCGGUGCAAUUGCUGGUAUAAUUGAUCAGCCAAUGCAGAACUUCCAGAAAACAUCUGAGACCCAGGCUUCAGCAGGACAUAAGGCCAAGGGUGUCAUCUCGGGCGUGGGGAAAGGAAUCAUGGGGGUAUUCACCAAACCCAUUGGGGGAGCAGCAGAGCUUGUGUCACAGACUGGCUAUGGUAUUUUACAUGGAGCUGGACUUUCCCAGCUUCCCAAACAACGGUACCAACCAAGGGAUCUACAUGCUGACCAAGCUCCAAACAGCCACGUCAAAUAUGUCUGGAAAAUGCUUCAGUCUCUGGGUAGACCAGAAGUCCACAUGGCCCUGGAUGUAGUUCUGGUGAGAGGCUCAGGCCAGGAGCAUGAAGGAUGCUUGCUGUUGACCUCAGAAGUGCUCUUUGUCGUAAGCAUCAGUGAAGACACACAGCAACAGGCCUUCCCUAUCACAGAGAUCGACUGUGCACAGGACACCAAGCAAAACAACCUGCUCACUGUGCAGCUCAAGCAACCACGAGUAGCCUGUGACGUGGAGAUGGAUGGUGCCCGGGAGAGACUGUCGGAGCAACAGUUUAACAGGCUCGUGGACUACAUUGCAAAAACAUCUUGUCACCUGGCCCCAAGCUGCAAUCCCAUGCAGACAGCGUGUUCUGUGGUGGCUGUGGAGCCCCCGCCGGCCACUGUUAAAACCUACCGUUACUUAGUUGACCCACCUUUCGCUCAGGUCUUCAUUAGCAAGUUCACCAUGGUAAAGAACAAAGCCCUGAGGAAAGGGUUCCCCUGAGUCCCCUUUAGAGCAGGCGCCUGACAGAGUUCCAGCAUCCAACACGGAC